AUAAAUUAGGGCUGCCCACUUCCUGUUCUGGAUGCUCCCCACCCCCCCAGCCCCUCUGCUGCAGGAUACAGCCAGACCAGAAAGAGGAGAGCCUCUGUGGGGCUGAAGCAGAUCCAGCGCAGUGGGGCAGGAUGUGCUGCCUGCAAGCCUCGAUGUGGCAACAUUUCAGAACCCUCGUCGUCCUUCCGGUGAUGGGCUUUCCAGCUUAAAAUAACACUUUCUACGCUCUCUGUGGACAUUGCCUCCGGUGUUCCAACGCCGUUGGACAAAAUGGCUGCCGAGCUGAGGGCCGGCGGGGUCAUGAGUCUCCCUUUGCAGAACGUUCUAGAACACGAGGCGAUCCCUGGCGCGAAACUCAGGGAGGGAUCCCAAGUGGGGCUUCUGGAAUCCGAAGGGGAACGGGUGGUCCCUCGCGUCAUCCAGGUUGGGACCAUCGGGGAGCUUCUGGGAUGGGUGCCCCCCCAAGAGUUGACCCAGGGGUCCGAGGAAGGCUUGGCGCAACGCUGGGAAACUCAGUGGCAGGAGGUCCUAAAGGCCGUGCAGCCCCUUCCCUCCGGGUGGGGAAGCCAACAGCCGUCGAAACCGUUGCUGUGGGGCUCUUGUGAGGCCGUGACGGUUGCUGGCCAUUGGCCCAGCGGAGAUGGAGUCGCUCAGCUUCUGGUGAGCAAUGGCAGAGGAGCUCCAGGAGCCUUUAGCAAUCCGGUCGCUGGAGAAAACAGGACGUCGGAGAAAGAGGCCGUGGGAAAGGACGACACUGGCACCGACGCGCAGGGCAGACAUUUCGGGCAGUUUGGCUACCAGGAAGCCGAGGGACCCCGAGAGGUUUGCAAGAAGCUCCGGGAACUCUGCUGGCAGUGGCUGAAGCCGGAGAGGCACACCAAGGAGCAGAUCCUGGAGCUGGUGAUCUUGGAGCGGUUCCUGACCAUCCUGCCUCCGGAGAUGCAGAGCUGGGUCAGGGAUCGCGGCCCUCAGACCUGUUCCCAGGCGGUGGCCCUGGCCGAAGAUUUCCUCAGACGCCAGCAACCAGAGGCCGAGGCACUGGGGAGACACGAGGAGGAGGUGAUUGCGGUCUCCCCUGAGGCCGAGUGGUCGCCGUUGGAGGGCAGCUUGCGUCCCAACUCAUUGGGGUCAAAUACAUCAUCAAUAACUCAACAGAGUUUUACCCAAUAA